AAGCCAGAGCGUGUGAAAUCAACAAGAUAAUCACCAUGCGAUCUUCUCCUUCUUCCUCUUGUUUCAGUUCGUCUUCGUCUUCUAAAAUCACCAUGCGAUCAUCUCCUCCUUCCUCUUGUUCCAGUUCUGCUUCUAAUUCACUCGCUGCAACAAGUAUGACCAAAAGACUCGACACCAUCUUCAAGAAAGCUUACGAGCUUUCCACUCUCUGUGAUGUCGAAGUCUGCGUCAUCCAUUACGGACCAGACGGAGAAUUGAAGACAUGGCCGGAGGAUAGACAGAAAGUGAGAGACAUUGCCCAGAGGUAUAGUCAGUUAGACGAAGACAAGAGACGCAAGAAAAGCGUCGAUCUUUAUGGGUUUCUCGAGAAGAACAAGACGAAGAUGGCGAAUUUGACGAAGAAGACGAAGAGGGAUGAAUUAAAGUAUCCAAUCUCUGAUCAUUACUCUCCCGACCAAAUCUCCCAACUGAUUCAGUCCUUGGAACUAAAUUACUCUAAAUUGCAAGAAAGGCUUCGUUUUCUCGAGGCACAGAACCAGAAAAAGACGAACUUGGAGGAUCACAGGGGUUUAAGAACUCGUCCAAUGUCUCUGAACCAUCAAGAUCAUCAUCAGACCCAAUCCUUGAACCCUAGCAAGUUCUCGCUACUUAUAUAUAACCAUGAAGAUGCAACUCUCUCUCAAAUCCCACUCUCUGCAUCAACUCUCAAUCAGUUGACCAGUUACACAGGUGAUUACUCGGCAGUUCAAGAAUCUAGGUUGAAGAAUCAAGAGCUUUAUGGUUGUGAUCAGAACAUGUCAAUGGGUAACAUCAGCAGCAAAGACUUUCCACAUCCUUGCGUCUCCAACACACAAGGUUACUCAACAGUACAAGGAUUUGCAAAUCACUACGGGCUGAAUAACUUGAUGCGGCAAGAGCCUAAUGGUGGCGAUCAGAACAUGUGUAUGAGUGGUGGUAGCACCAGUAACAACGUUCAAGAUCCUUGUCUCUCAAACACAGUCUCAGAUGCGCUCUGUUCUGGUUCUCAGGACCCUUGUGGUUAUAUGGUCAGUAACACUAGCUUCUCUCAAGACCUUUCAGAUAUGUUUUCAAGCUAUGGUGUACAAUGUGACGCGACCAGUCUACUUCAGACAUCUACUCUACCAUCUCUCUACACCAUUCCUAACUGCUAGAUUCCUCUGAUAACAAACUGCUAUGAUUAUGAAGCAAUUACCUGAUGAAGUAGCUGCCCACGUAGAUUGAAGUUGUUUAUGCGUCUGGAUUCCUGCUAUCUUUUUUUUUAUUAUAUGGAUUUAGCUGCAAAACAGAUGCAUUUGUAGAGAUUUUGUUUUGAGGUUUGAAGUUAGAA